AAUGUGUGAUCUUUUCAGCGCCUGGAAGACUGUGGGAUCCUCGAGCUAUCCCACAGAUCUUCUCAGGCCAGAGCAACCACAACACUUGUGUCGUUCAUUUAACUUUCAUCAAAUAAUCCCAAAGCACUUCAAUUGAGGUGUACCAGUAUUGUAUUCUCUUGCUCUGGUGAUUUUUUGUGAGAGACGAUGAGUUACGUGUACCACCGGUCUGUGAAGAGAUGGUUCUUUCUUUUGAUUGGGGUGGCCGUGCCUUUUCAAUGGGUGAUCAUGAAGCAAGCUUUGGACACGGUCAAGCCGCUCGUACUCGAUUCUAUUCAUGCAGCCGAUGCCGCUCCCUCCAGAACUGCUAAUGGUCAAAGAGACAAUCUCGAGUCGCUGAAGCAGCAAAUGAAGCCUUCUCGGGGAUUCGCAAGAGUCCCUCAGGCGCCGGUAUCGGUGUCACGUACAGAACUCAAAUUGUCUGCUGAAACCGAUGUUCCGCAACCGGAAAGAAGCAUUACUAUUAAUAAAAGUCGCCAAAGCCCACGAAAGCCCACAAUAGCAACGCCUCCUACCACUGAUACCGGUAGAGGCAGUGGACUAACCAAGGCAAACGAAAUCAAGGGCAUUCCAGCUCCAUCUAUUCAUCAGGAACUGGAGAGAGCCACCAAUGCUGCCAACAGUGGAGUCAUCCCAACCAUUAAGACACAUGUUCCGUCUGCGCCUCAGAUCGUUCCAUCAUCGUCCACAACCAAGUUUAGCUCCUUUCAUUGGCAAGAUCCAAAUCGGUUUCGGUUUUACAAGCCUGACUUGAUCUGUGUGGGGUGCUAUCAGCAUGCAUUCCCGUCAGAGGUCCAGAUCAGGGACAAUAACGGGACCGUCACAACUGCCAUGCGAAAUAUUACAUGUGGCGAGCUUAUUUGGAAUGAAACACAACAAAUCAUUAGCACAAGCAUCAGAUUGAAUGCAACGAUUCAAGCGGCCUCUGAAAUUGCUUCCAAGUAUCCAGAUCAUUGCCAACAGUGUGAUCCCGCGAGCUGUUCCGCAGAGCACAAAAUCUAUAUACGGGUCGAUGAUGCAGCACCAACAAUUCUCCAAUCUUGGACUCGUCCCAUUUCCAAACUCCUUCCCAAGUCCAACGUCUUCCCCAAAGAGGGAGUCCAAAACCCCAAAGCGUUCUUUGCCAAUCCCAGCAAUCGAUACUCCAAAACGAAAAAGUAUUUUUGGGAAUACAACCCCUCUCUGGUUGUCCUGAAGGGUCACAAGCAUUUGAUCCCCCCAGGAAUAAUGCACAACAAUAAACAGCAAUCAGCCUUUCUUUCGACGCAUCGAGAGUCCAUCAUUCCAACUACCUUUCUUCACUACGGAAAGAUCCGCCAAAAGGACCUGGGAGACUUGCCCAACAACUGGCAACGGUUUGAACGGAUCAACUUUUCCUUUCUGAGUCACGACAUGACGGUCCUUCAGGAAGGAAUCUUUAACGUUGGUUAUGCAGACUAUCGUCUCUUUAUUCUAAAUGAACAGCUCUACUUGGGCAUGUGGAAUCGCAUCUAUCCCAUUUGGAUCAUGCCUGCCAAAAAGAACAAUAAUCGUACGGCCAACAACGAUACAAAGGAAACAUUCACCCACGGGCAUCGCGUCAAGAUUCUGAGGGAUCUUUAUCGACCCAACACGUGUCCCUUUGAACUUCAUAUAGCCGAGCAACAUCUCUGCUGUGCCAAUGGGUGCACGGGAAAAAACUACAACUACUUUACAACUCGAGAUGGUACAAUGUGGGUGCAAACUCGGCCUGCAGGACCGCUUGAAGUCCAAAAGGUGGUGCCCUGUGACGCUCGUUAUUGGGAAGAAUGGUGGACCCAAGCACCCACCACCAAUGAAACCACAAUCUACACCGACAUUUCCGUCCCUGCCAUGAGCUUUGGAACCGCGGACGAAACCUACUUGGCGACCUUGGGAGUUUUUGCCAACCACAAGCUAUCCUCGCAUCGUGGAACGGCAUGCUGUAUUCGUAUGCAGUACCAUGAACAUCAAGACUUGUUGAUUGGAAUUAGCCAUCGUCGCGAUCGAGGCAAUCCAGAAUGGAAAUCACGCAACACGCAAUACACGUCCAACUUUUACGCGACUCUGGCCGAACCACCCUUUUCUUUGGUGCGCAUGUCGGGGAGCUUUUGCUUGGGUCAUCCCAACCAAGAGGACGAAGCGGUGAAUCAUUUGGUUCCGUUGACACGGUUACAUAACUACACGUUCGGCGGUAUCCACUACUACAAGUGCCCCAUGAUAUCCUUUCUGCAUAGCAUGGUAGAGAAUCCAUCCAACAAUGACACGGUCAUCAUUGGAUACGGUGUCAACGAUUUGAUAAAUCGGUUUGUGGAAGUCAGCAAGGCCAACAUUUUGCAAAUGCUGUUUGAACCCUAUGGAUAAAGUGGAUAGAAUGGGAUGAGAGCUAACUGUAUAGAACUGGACGACAACAUGCCGACCUUUCUUUCCCAUCAAUUCACUCUACCUCGUCUUCAGCUGCCAGGUUUGACAUCGCCGAUCUCUGCUAAGCUGCGUGGCGAAUUCUCUUGGAGGUCUUGAAAUGGGAACGUACGCAAGAAUUGGUGCCCUGAAGCCCAAUAGAUAGUUGCAUGACGCAUCAUAACAUAGAAAACUUCCCUGGUACAGCUAGCUUCUUGAAAGGGCUGGUCUAUGGCUACAGACCAAACGUUGCCUUGGAGCAAUUGACUAACAGAAGCUUCCAACAAUUCAGCACGGGGAUGACAACGGCCAGGGCUAGCAGUAUCGUGCAUGCACUCGUCGAUUGGUAGAAGUGAUUUGACUUUCGAUCUACAUACCACUCGCAAGCCCCUCUAUUCCGAGACGAUCAGUUCGCAACCAGAUAUAUCUUGGCCAAGCCAAAAGAAAGAUGUCUCGAGAUUGUAAAGAAGCCAGUCUCAAAUAUUCCACGGGCACCUUACAAUAUCAGAAGCGUCAAUCAGGUCUGUGUUGACGCCGGUCCCCUUUGACCAGGCCGUUUGGCUUUGGCAUGGACAGUGGUCUUACUUUCAAACUGCAAUCCCUGCAUUGGUUGACUCCAUCACUGGACACAUCACAGCAGUUGGCCCUAGCACUGCAGUCUCUACAAGGGCCAGCCCCAGCACCGGACACCACAAGUGCCGGUUGGCGCCAUCAUUGGGGUUCCUACUGUACAACAGUUGAUCGCAGCACUGCAAUGCCUACAAGGGCUACCAUAGCCCCGGACCUGAAGUUUGCACAACACGAAGGCUAAACUUUGGCCUCGUUGUCUUGAUCCAUCAGUACCGGUAGACUCGGCAUUACAACGCCGUUGCCGUAUUUGUAGGAGUCUUGCAAUCUCUGCUGGGCUCGGUACGUUAACGUGCUUCAAAAGCGAUGUGUUUUCAUCGCGUUCGCAGCCAGGUCGCUUGGUGGACGCUAAACAGGAAGAGUAAAGGACUGAGCUGGGGGGGGGUUCAACAAGUCGAAAGCAGAGGGGCCUCACGAAGCCCUGAACCAUACCGACGAACCCGAGAGCCAUAAUCGUGUAAGUGCCUUCAAUCUUUAAUAUCGACAACCAUCGAGAUUCAACUCAAGAGACUCCUCGCGAGAGAAAUACUUUAGGCAAGUGAGCUCCUUCCCAUUCAAGUGGAUACAGGUUUUCAGGGCAUGACCGUCUCCCUUUCUGCCCUUUCUCUUUCUUCCUGUUAAAGACAGCACAAGCUCGUUCGAACCUGGUCGCCAUCUUUUGUGUGCUCAGACAUUGCCAGAGUUUCCUUUUCAGACUCACCAUCCCUGUCCUUCGCAUCUUCCACCAAAGAAUCCAGAGUUUCGUCUUGUUCUUCUUCAUCGGUGGCCAAGUCCUUACUGUUGUCCUCCUCGCGCUCUUCUUCCU